AUGCGUGAACCAGACCAGAUCCCGGGCGUUACGCGCCCCACGCAACUCCAGCUCCCGGUCUCGCAGCACUUCACCAACGCCCGCCUGGAGCAGGCAUACCGGCAGUACAUCGGCACCAUCCAGCUCGGCAACGAUGUGGCGAUGACGCGACUCAUGAUGGCUUAUCACGCCGUGGCAACCUACAAGACGCUGAAGGAGGCUCAUGAAAUGGACUGGAUGACGAUGUUGAUGAUCUGCAACUUUGCUGUGCUGGGAGCUACCCUGCUGCUGCCCUCAGUCUGGCCGGGGGUGUGGCGGCGGUGGAGGGACGCCAUCAUGCCGCCCUUCCUCGUUUCGCACACGGUCGCCCUGCACAUCUUCCUGUGA